AUGGUAGAAAGACAAGCUUGGGUUACAUUGGUAACAGAAAAUUCAUAUUUGAAAGGUUUACAAGGCUUAGCACGUUCUUUAAAACGUGUAAAAACGGCUUAUCCUUUGGUGGUCUUUCACCCUGAUACUUCCAUAGACCCUUCCACAGGUCAACCUAAGGAGAAAACUUCAUUAACAUUAGAAGAUUUAAAAUUAAUGAGCAUAGAAGGGUGUAAAUUGAAAGCGAUUGAAAGAAUUCAUCCUAGUAAUAAACGUAAAGAAUACCUUUGGAGUUAUUAUAAAGAUACUUGGACAAAGUUAAGAGUUUGGGAUCUCGAGGAGGAAUAUGAUAGAGUAGUCUUUUUAGAUGCGGACAUGUUGAUAAUGAAAAAUAUUGAUCAUCUUAUGAAGAUGAGUUUACCUAAAGAUUUUUUGUCGGCUGCAAAUGCUUGUACAUGCAAUCCCAGAAAAAAACCCGAUUACCCAAAAGAUUGGAUACCAUCUAGUUGUGCUUAUACAAAAGGUCCAAUUAAGCCGGAAUCCGAGGAUACACCACCAUCUCUCGAAUUAAAAGGAUAUUUCAACAGUGGAUUAUUAGUUUUAACACCAUCAAAACAGAUGUUCGAAGGUUUAUUAAAUUAUCUAAAUAAUCAUCCUAAUAUUAAUUCUCUCAAUUUCCCAGACCAAGAUCUUUUAAAUGAAUUUUUUAAAGGGAAAUGGAUCCCACUUUCAUAUACCUAUAAUGCUUUGAAAACUCUAAGAACUUGUCAUGCUUCUAUGUGGGAUGAUAGAGCCAUUAGAAAUGUGCAUUAUAUUAUGGCUGAUAAACCUUGGAAUAAGGAAAUUAUCAAUUUCGAACAAGAAUUUCAAGAUGUUAAAGAAACUAAUGAUGAAGAAGCAAUCUCUUUGUUUGUACUGAAUAGUUGGUGGUGGAAAGUAUGGAAAGAAAUGGAAUUCAGCGUUGAUGAAUUUUCAGUUUAA